AUGAUAUCGGGCGCCGACUUCACCUACCACGCCUCGCCAAGCAGCAACGGAGCCCGCUGCCAUUGGUUGCCCUUCCAGCAUGCGCUGAUCCCAGCGCUGCAAUUGCUGAUCGCACUGGACUCCAGCACUGCCUUCCACAUCUCGCUGAGCAGCGCCUGCGUCGGCUGCCACUGCUCGUCCUUGCUUGCACCCAGUGAUCAAAACGCUAAAGUUCUGAUAACGUCCGAAUCCCAACAUCGUCUCCCACAUCUCGUUCAACAGCGCCAGAGCCCGCGGCCACUGACCACCUUUCACUCACGCGCCGUUCCUCAGCGUUGUGGCUGA